CGAGAAGAUGCAUCCAAGUUGGCUCCCAACUUGGCUUUCCAUCUUCCCAGGAUGCGUCCAAGUUGUUAGACUCGACAGUCACAACCGUCGCAGCCAUGGGCACUCCUGCACCAUGCCUCCUGAGCCAUGGCGGCAGCAGUUGACCAACGGCUCUCAGCCAUGGAUUUGGAGCACCAGUGGAGGAUGCUGGGCCAGGGGCACCAUCGUGGACACCAGCGCGGAGCGCCUGAAGGUGGAAUAUGUCGUGAACGGCGAGCUCAUCGACAAGACGGUCUUGCGGGAGUCUCCUCACCUGCGACAGGGGACUGAGCCUCGGGUCCCAGAGCUUGGUUGCGAGGAGCAGGCGGCCACUUCUCCUCAAGGAACGCCCUUUGCGAGACCAUUGCGACCAGAACUUCCAGGUCUUCAGCCUGUGCCUGUUGUGGCAGCGCAACCGGUGCUGAUACGAGCCCCGGUCCAGCUGCCACAGCCACCGGUAGGUGCUUUGCCCGCCAUUCGCUUGGCGGAUGUGCACUUCGGCCCGGUCUUGGGCUCCGGUGGCUUUGGCUCGGUGCACCGGGGCCACCUGCGUGGCUAUCCCAACGAGGUGGCCAUCAAGAAGCUUCACCUCAUGGGCCCCUUGAGCCAGGAGCACCUGAAGGAAUUCUACAAGGAGGCGGCGAACCUCCAAGCUUUGAGGCACGAGCGUUUGAUCCAACUCAUUGGGAUCGCCUGUGAGAUGCCCUUGCUGUGCAUCGUCACCGAGCUGGCGGCGGGUGGAUCUCUCCACGAUUUGCUCCACGUGAAACGCCUGCAGUUACAGGAGGCCCAGAAGCACCGCCUCAUCUUGCAGAUGACUGAGGGCGUCAUGUUCUUGCAUGGCCAGCGGCCACCGUUUGUGCAUCGGGAUUUGAAGAGUGCGAACGUGGUGCUGGACUUGGAACUCAAUGCCAAGCUUUGCGAUCUGGGCAUCACAGAGUGCAUGGAGCGCACCCACAUCAGCCGCAAGGACGCGGAAGCUGGCUCACCAAGGUACAUGUCCCCCGAGCUGUUCUGCCGCUCGGGGAAGCUGACGGAGAAGAUGGACAUUUGGGCCUUGGGCUGCCUGGCCAUGGAGGUCAUCACCGGCCGUGUGCCGCAUGAGGAGUGCAUGAAUGUGCAACAGGCGUUCCGGCGGUACUGCAUCAACGCAAACAUCGCGUUGGUGAGGCCAGAGUUCUUGGAAGAACUUUGCAAUGAUGAGAGGGUUUGGCCUCACAGGCAGGAGGCUGAAGCAAUCCCAGGAGCUUUAUACAAGCCCAGGCCUGAUGAGAAGUUCUUCUUUAUUGGAAUCUCGCACUGCUGGGAGUCACGCGAGCAUCCAGAUCCUUUCGGCUUCCAGCUGAGAACCGUUGUUGAAGCACUCAACUACUGGAGAGAGGCCGAGCCUGAGAAAUACGGGAAUGGUGACACGUAUUUGUUCAUUGACUAUAUCAGCCUCCCUCAAUUCAAAAGAAACGCAGAGGAGGAAAAAUGCUUCCGGAAAGCCAUGCAGCACAUGCACCUGUUCUAUGCGAAUAGUGGUGCAUCGUUCUGCAAGAGUGUGUGGCGCGUGGAGAGGCUAACACCUCCAGGUCUCAAAAGACAGCAGAUCCGCCAAGGGAGAAGCAUCGACGUUUACAGCCUUGCCGAAGGCAGAGUGAUCAAGGUGCCCCUGAAGCACUUGAAGCCCAGUGUCAAGGGCAAGUGUAGCAGGUUUUGUACCGAACAGUGUGGCAAUUUGCACGCCAAUGACGUCAUGUACCUCGGGCGCGGCUGGUGCAGAGCCGAGUACGAGUGGGCCAAGCCCAAUACCAUCGACAUUUCGUGGCCCCCGCAUGUAUGCGCCGGUGUUGCGCUCGGUACGACUCCGCAUUUCAUUAGCUCUCCCUACCCUGGACGCAUGAGGCAUUCCAGAAGAAUGUGGCAGCUCGGGCCUUGAAAUUCACGCACAAGAGUGACAUCAAACUCGUGGUUGAGCUGCAACGCAAAGUCUUCCACCAGAAAGUGACCACAUUGGAAAAGUUUGAUUGCAACUGGCUUCGCGUCCACGAUGUGGAGGACCUCGUGGAACUGGCGUCCCAGCUGGCUGCCGUGCAAGACUUUGAGCUACGUGCAGCCUACGUGGCGCGGCCGCAGCAGUUGGCCCUGGCGAAUGCUGUGGCCACGCGCCCUGCACUCCACACCGUGAAGAUUGUCUCCAUCAAUCUAAGGCUUCGUGCGGUGGAAGUCCUGGCAGGUGCUCCGCAGCUGUGCACGCUGUGGCUGAACGGCUGCAGCGCCAUCGCUGUGGCAGACGCCAUGGCACAUCAUUCGGCGCUCCAAGAGGUGAAGCUUCAAGGCAACGACAUCCGCGAUGGUGGAGCAAUGGCCUUGGCGAAGGCUCUGGACAGAAACCAUGUCAUGGACGAGCUCCACUUGGAUUUGAACCACAUUGGAUCGCCGGGCGCGGUCGCAUUGGCCGAAUCCUUGAGCUGCAAUGGCAGGUUGAGACAUUUAGGGAUGCGAGGAAAUCCCAUUGGCGCCCAGGGCGCUCGAGCCCUGAGAGGAUUGAGGAUUGUGGUGGUGAGUGAAAGGCUGCUGUUGAGCGUGGACACUUCGUGCUGGGGAUGGAUGUGCUGCGUCCUAAUUCGCUUCUUUGGUGUGAUCCUUUUCACCCUGCUUUUGCUGCCCUGGAGGUGCUUUGUAUGGCAGCAGAGAGCCGUUCACUGCAUCAGUGCAGGGCGCAUCCAAUGGGCCACCACUGCAAGAUAUCGUGUGGUGAGUGACUAUGACAAUUCCAGUGUGGCAAGCUUUGACGAUUGAAUACUGUUGAAGAUAUUACGUGAACAACAAUUCGAGCUGCAGAAAAUGCUGGUCUUUCAAUGUCUUCCAUAUCCUCUCAAGGAACCUGCCCACAUCUUGGCCCAACAAAAAAGAAUCAGAGAUCCUCAGUGGAUGACUUAUCUUUCGGCCGAAAGAUUUCGGCCUAUUCGGUCCAAGCAAUCUCCAAGCCCAUUCGGUCCAACCGAAUGCGCAAAUUGAAAUAAGAUUGGUUGACUUUCCUGCACCAGACCACGCCCGGAAGUCUGACUCUUAGACGAAAGACGUCCGGCCUGGCGGAGAUGAUCCUGGUCAACAUCUCGACCUCUCAGUCAUUGGUGGGCAAUCUGGCCUGCCGGGACUUGAACAUUGAGAUUAAUAUAUACGGAAGGCACUUGUACAGCUCUGAGUCGCUUCACCAAAUUUAGUUUCGAAAUGUUUCG